AUGCUGUCAAUUAUUCCGUAUUCCAGUGGCACCGAGGUUGCUUCUGCCUUCACAAAAACUACAGGCAACAAUUCACUAACGCUUGAACAAUUUCAACAAGUUCAAUUAGGAUGGACACGUGAUCAAGUGACACAAUUUGUUGGUAGACCUGGAAAAUUGAUAACACCACAAACAUCAAUGUCACCACAUAAUUGGAAUACUAUUAUUGUACAAUAUCAAGGCUCAAUACCAUCGAACGUAUUGCAAAGAGUGCCUACGGUGACAUUUUCAUUUUAUAAUGGAAUUCUUUGGAAGAAGAACGAAAAACUGCUUGAUUUAACAUCAAGUUAUGUAAUAACUAGAGAUCAUUAUAAUCAGAUACAAACUGGCUCGCCAUAUCAGCAAGUAAUAUUAACGCUUGGAACAUCAGCACUAAUAUCCCUUCUAUCAAAAAUCGUCACAGUUCUAUAUCAGAAUGAAGGUCAAGAAGAAGUUGAAGGAAUUGGUUAUAUUCAACUUGGAUUUGGGGAUAGAAAUUUAGAAUCCAAAUUAGAAGAUGAAUGGGUGUCUGAUAGACCAAAUACUUACAGUUCCACUUGUGCAUCUACAGCAAAUGCUUUUCUACCAAAUGAUCGAAUAACAUUUGAAUAA